AUGUUGGCGAUCGAUGAAUACAUACUGUACAAGUUCGGUUAUCAGGUCGGUCUCAAGCCAAAAACAUUUUAUCGUGUACGAGUUAGUGCGAAAAACGAUGUCGCAGAAGGUCCAGUCAGCGACACGAAGGAGUUCGAGACAGCUUACUCUGAACUACCUAUUCCAACGGACAUCAAAACAAAGGUGGCAGAAGACAAUUCCCUUACCAUCACUUUCACAGCAGUAAGAGAUCCCGACGACCACUCGAAUAUCAUACAGGUAACUCGGACUUCAAGCUCAUUUGUGACACUUCCUUGCAGCUACGGUCUCUACCUCAUUUUGUCUUUAUUGGGUGCGUGA